AUGACGCAUGGUGGGGGCCAUGUGCCGGCCUCGGCUAUCGCCUCAAAGCAAAAAGAACAGAAGACAGCUGCCGAGUUGCAUCAGGGACGCUUGGCUCGGGAUCUCGCAAUGUCUUUAGACAUUGAUGAGGAUAUGCUGAGCAAUAUCACUGGGACUUUAUCCCGGCGGGAGCCAGGCACUUCUGCAGGGGAAUCUUCAGCUGCUGGAAUGACGACUCGUAGCACAGCAGUGGCGUCUUCUGGUGGUGGCACUGCAGUUGCUACACCAGUUGACGAUUUCGCUACAGCAUUUGAAAAGUACAAAGCUGGGCGCACGGCGCAUCCAUCUGUAGAGGGCAGACAGCCAGUGGCCCUCUCAUCCCCAGACAGUGCGGCGUUGCUGUGUUCAGCAGUAGACCUUUCUUGCCUUCGAGAAGAGCCCCAAGUAUCUGGCGUUGGCGCUGUCUCUGCCACGCAGACGGGCUGUGGUGGUUUAUCUGGGGUUGCAUCAGAGUCGCAAGGCAUGUCCGAGUCGGGAGAUAAGUCGGUGCACCAGCACAGUGCAGACUCCUCGGCGCUGAAGACCGCCACGAACGGCUUUUCUGCAGCAGAACGCUCGGAAUUUUCAUGUGGCAGCGCUGUUUUGGGAGGUUCUACUUCUAGUAGGGGCGUUUCCCGCACUGCAGACGCUCAGCACGGCAAUAAGGCUUUUACCUCAGAAGAGGACAUUCUUAGCAGCUCUUUGUUCUCGAAGUUGCUGAAAGAGUGCCAGGCUAACGGCUGCUUUCUAUCUGAUUUGACCAAUGAGCGUCCCGCUGCGCGCCAUAAAACCGAGGCGGUAGACAGGGGCCCUGGUCUUUCGCCAGAGCUGAUGGCGUUGCUGCAGCAUCGCCAGCUUUGCCGUCUAGCAGAGAAGACAGGAACCUCAAAGCGGUUGCUAGCGAGUGCAGAAAGCACUGUGUGCAACAGCAACAGCAACAGCCGCCGCACUAGCAGCUGCAGCCCAGGAGGAGAGGAUGAUGGUAGCGAAGAAGCACGUGCGUACAAGCGCCGGAUUAUUGAAAUGCAUUUACUGGAUGAGCGCCGCAGCAGUUUUGCCAGUUCCAGCCGCAGCAGUGGAAGUGGUGAUUUGAAACUUCUUGCAGCUUCUCUAGCUAGCUCACGUGAGGGUGUCAUGGCCGCUGGAGAUGGUGGAGGUCAUGAACGCAAACAGCGACUGGACGGUGCUCCAGCGGAUUCACCGUCGAACCCAACGUCCCCGUCGUAUCUGGCUGAGCUGCAGUUCAUAGAGCGUGUGGCUGCAGGCGAGUCAUUUUUGAACGAGGAUACACUUACUGCGUCUUCUCUGCGAGGGCCCUUGGGUUACUACAGCGUGUGUGAAGCAGCAGGCAAAGAGGACUCCACCCAGCGGCUGUACCCCAUUGUCCGUGGAGUGUCUCGCGACAACACGAAGAAGCGCUGGGCCGUUUACUGGAAAGGAUACAGGCGGUACUUCUACGACAAAUUUUUCGAAAGCUGCAUUGAGGCUUACCGCAGAGCCGUCCAAUUCAGGCAGCAGGCCACCACAGCAGCCGCGGCAGUGGCUGCCACAGGGAACACCGCACACCUCAUCGCGGCGGGACUUCAAGGGAACCCGACAGGAUCUGCAGCCACCAAGCAGCCACUGACCAAAGUAGACUCAGCAGAGUCGGUCACAGCUGUGUUGGCCUCAGCAGCUGCCGCUGUAGCUAGUCAGGCAAACACCGACGGCCGCAAGGGAAAAUUUUCCUCGCCUUCGGGAUGCGCAAGUACUGCCCGCAACACUGCUUCGGACAACGACCGAGCACUAGUUUGCCUGUACAAAGAGGCCAUCCUUUUCGUGAUUGAUGACUUGAGGAGCAACGUUGUGACACAGUACCUGUCAGCUAGAGCAUCCUCUAAUUCAGGUGGGACAUCUCCAGGAGCUCCGCAACAGUCAUCUGUUGAGAGUGCAGCGGCAAUGACAGCAAAGCGUCUGCUGGACCAGCUGCUGAUGGUGCAUUCUAAUCUUGUAGGAAACGCCACCUCUGCCUCAGAGCUCCAGCCGUCGCUCAUGAUUGUCGCCCCUUGUCUUGAGGACCUAAAACUUCCCAGCCAGCAGGGUACUCAACAGCAGUUGCUGAUACUGCAAUCAAUACUCGCCAUGCAUAUUCAGCAGCUUCUGUUGCUAUCGCGCUACCUGAAUAAGGGGGGUCUUAUCUCUGUAGCAGACUAUGAGAGUUCGGGUGGAAAAUCCGAACAUGGGAAUAUUAAGGGAGAAACUGCUAAGACGGAGGCGUCUGUUGCUGCCGUUCAGGAGGAGGCGAAGGAUCAACGACCCGCGUUGACUUCCUCAUGA